CCAAAUGCAAAUUUAAUCAGUUAUAUUGCAGGUUAUUUAAGGAUGAAUGAUAGCAAAAAUAUUUUUGCAUGUGAAAAAGAUUAUUCUGGGAUAGAUGACAAAUAUAUUUUUGAAAAAGAAAACAUGAGUUUACUGGAAAAUAUUUCAAGUUUAUCUUUGCAAGAGAUUGAAGCUAUACAUUCAAGAUUGCUAGAUUCUGCAAAUGAACUUGAUGAAGAAAGACACAAGAUUCCACUCUUAAAAAGCUUAUUUUCAAAUGUGGCACCUACUUUAUAUUUUAUGCUUGAUCAAGAAAAAGUAGGUUGUUUUCCUGCAGAGGUUUGUGACUUUUUGAAAUGGAAGUUUUGCAAAAUAACACCUAAAGUUGUUAGAGAUUGUGUUAAAAGAACUGGUUUUAAAAUGACAAAAAAAAACCCCAAUUGGCUGGGAUUGUGGGGCAAGCAUAUGAAGUCUAUUGAAUUUCGAACAAUUUGCAUAUUUCAAAAGGUUAAUCAUUUUCCUGGGACCUUUCAAAUUGGUAGAAAAGAUAAACUUUGGAAGAACUUUAGUAGGUUUCAGACUAUACAUGGAGAAAAGAACUUUAACUUUAUGCCGCAAACAUUUAUACUUCCUAAUGAUUUAUGUUUGUUAAGAAGACAAUGGAGGGAAAGAAAGCGUAAAUGGAUUGUAAAGCCACCUGCAUCAGCUCGGGGUAAAGGAAUAAAAAUAAUAAGCAGCUGGGAAGAGCUUCCCAAGAAACAGUUUUUGGUUGUUCAGAGAUAUAUUAUCAAUCCAUACCUUAUCAAUGGAUGCAAGUUUGAUUUAAGAGUGUAUGUUUAUGUGUCAUGUUUUGAUCCUUUAAGAGUAUACAUUUUUAAUGAUGGUUUAGUAAGAUUUGCGACAAGAAAAUACUCAGCUCGAACUGCAACUUUAUCUGACAAAUACAUUCAUUUAACUAACUACAGUGUCAACAAACAAAAUAAGAAAGUCUACAAGCAACCUGGAAUAGAAAACAAUAAUUUGUCUCAUAAAUGGUCAUUAAAAGAGUUGUGGGCCUAUUUACAUAGCAUUGGAUUAAAAACUGUGCAUAUUUGGGAAGAAAUAAAAGAUAUUGCUGUCAAAACAAUUAUAUGUGGUGAAUACUUAGUGAAUAGUCAAGCAAGAAGAAACACCAAAAGUCGAUACAAUUGUCAUGAGCUUUUUGGAUUUGACAUAAUUUUAGACAGCAAUUUGAAACCAUGGUUGUUAGAAGUCAAUAUAUCUCCAAGUUUACAAGCUAACUCAAGCACUGAUUUGAACAUUAAAAGUCAACUGGUUAAAGACCUUUUAAAUAUUGCUGGCUUUCGCUUGCCCAAAUUUCUGCUACCAUUUGAAAUUUCCUAUUUCGGAGAUGAUUUCAACUGUUCUAAAUAUUUCAUACCAAACCAAAGUUUGAAGAAUGCAAAAAACUUGCUAUUAAAGUCUCUUUCCCCUGAUGACAUUAAAAUUCUCAUUGAGGCUGAAGAUGAGCUUAGUCGAAGUGGAUGCUUUGAAAGAAUUUUCCCAUCAACAUCAUCAAAACCAUAUUUAAAUUUUUUUAAAUCCUGCCGGCAUUACAAUCUUCUUUUGGAUAAAUGGACACAAUUGUACAUGAGAGACACAUUUCAACCUUUAGCUGGGAUACGUUUAUUGAAGUCUUUAACCGAUAUUCAAGUUUAAUCUGAAUCCGAUAUACACUAAAGUUAUGUAAACGUCAAUAUUUAACUUAAUUUGAGUUGAAAACAUUUUAUUUUUUUCA